AUGGCGUCCAGUGAAGUAACAAAACUUCAGCAGCAUUUGUCAUUACUAAAGGAAGAGUACAGCAAACUUCAGAGUCAUUGUGCUGAAGUAGAGAGGAAGUAUACUCUUGCAGCAGCAUCGGCCGGCGAUCUGAGUGAAACAAGCUUCGUAGCACGGUUACUCAUGACGGUGUCAGCUCUUUAUGGCAGGGAGACAUAUUCAGAUAUAAAUAUUAAACUGCAAAGUAAGUCUGUUCCUGGGCACAAGUUCGUAUUAAAUGCUCGUUCAGAUGACUGGAAUGAAGGGGCCCUCAAGAACCUUACAGAAUUAGAUUGGUCUAAUUUGCCAGAUGAUGUUGGUUCAGCACUACUUAAAUGGUUAUACACAGAUGUGGUAGAUCUAUCUAGAGGUGAUGCUUUUGCAUUACAUCUUAUGAAAUGUGCUGCUGGCUUUAAGCUGUACGGAUUGGUUGGAAAAUGUGAACAAGCACUUAUAACUUCAGUUGGAGUAAGGACCUGUGUGAAGUUCUAUUCAGCGGCCGAUGAAAUUAGUGCAACUGCACUUAAAGAACAUUGCUCUGGUUUGAUUUCUACACAUUGGGAUGAUCUUACAGGUGACGACUUUGCCCACAUGUCUUCUGCGUUGCUAUACCGCAUGCUGAAGAGUAAGACGCCGCAGCCGCUACAUGGCGCCGUGCGGCUCAUGCGGGAGGACGUUGUCUUCCUGUGCCUUGUUGAGAACCAUGCUAAUGUAAGUACACGUUGCUUUUUAUAA